CUGAAGAAGAUUUGAAUAUUCCAUUUAUACCUUAUCGAUUUUUUGUCCGAAGUAUAAAUAUUGGCUUUAGCUGGCUCUUAUAGGCUGUAAAGAAAAGGGAAGUUUGUUAACUGGGGUCCAAGAUCCGCCAUAGUUGCUAACGAUUUAUUACUCUUCCUCUUUUAUAGGAAGUCAACGGCUCUAUCGAGGUUUCUUGAUUGAUGGGCCUUAAACAGACCCAUCACAGAUUUGGUUCUUCUUCCCUUCGAGCGCCAUUCAAGUCUUUGAUUCCCAGAACUAUUGAUCCCAUGAAAGGAAGAAAGAUUUUGGGGGUUUCUCUUUCUAUCUUUCUUAUAAACAUGGCUGCUAUAAUGGAGCGUGCUGAUGAAAAUCUCCUUCCUGCUGUUUAUAAAGAAGUUAGUGAAGCUUUUAAUGCUGGACCAUCUGAUCUGGGGUAUCUUACUUUCAUAAGGAACUUUGUGCAGGGACUGUCAUCACCAUUGGCAGGUAUUUUAGUAAUAAACCAUGCCCGUCCCACAGUUCUUGCAAUGGGAACUUUGUGUUGGGCCUUAUCAACUGCUGCAGUGGGUGCAAGCCAGCAUUUCUCGCAAGCUGCAUUCUGGAGAGCAGUAAAUGGCUUUGGGCUGGCAAUUGUAAUACCAGCAUUGCAAUCUUUCAUUGCCGAUAGCUAUAAGGAUGGCGUGAGGGGUACUGGAUUUGGAUUGCUAAGCUUUAUUGGUAACUUGGGUGGUAUAGGCGGUGGUGUUCUGGCAACAGUUAUGGCUGGUCAGCAGUAUUGGGGUGUACAAGGAUGGCGUUUUGCCUUCAUCAUGAUGGCAUCAUUGAGUUUACUAAUAGGGUUACUUGUUUUCUUAUUUGUGGUUGAUCCAAGGAAAACAAUUGGUGUCAACCGUGACAUCAGUGAGAAUUUUGAAAGAGAUGAACUGGUAGAAAAGGGAAAUUCUCAUGAAUUAUCAAUUUGGACAGAGUCCUGGACAGCAACAAAAGCUGUUAUGAAAGUGAAAACAUUUCAGAUAAUUGUCCUGCAGGGCAUUGUUGGUUCCCUGCCAUGGACUGCAAUGGUGUUUUUUACUAUGUGGUUUGAACUGAUUGGUUUUAAUCAUAACAAAACAGCAGCUCUCCUAAGUUUCUUUGCUGUUGGGUGUUCAUUGGGGUCCCUCCUUGGUGGCAUAAUAGCUGAUCGGAUGUCACAUAUUUACCCUCACUCUGGCCGUAUCAUGUGUGCCCAGUUUAGUGCUUUCAUGGGCAUCCCAUUCUCUUGGUUUCUCCUCAACGUGAUUCCACAAUCAGUAAGCAGCUAUUUCACCUUUGCUGUUACCCUUUUCAUGAUGGGCCUAACAAUCAGCUGGAAUGGUACUGCUGUUAAUGCCCCAAUAUUCGCUGAGGUGGUGCCUGUAAAACACCGGACUAUGAUUUAUGCAUAUGAUCGUGCUUUUGAAGGAUCGUUCUCUUCUUUUGCGGCUCCACUGGUCGGAAUCCUUUCAGAGCAGAUGUUCGGUUAUGAUUCAAAGUCUGUUGAUCCAAUUAAAGGUUCUGUACGAGAAGCUUCUGCACUGUCUAAAGGGCUUCUUUCGAUGAUGGCAAUUCCAUUUGGUUUGUGUUGCUUGUUUUACACCCCAUUGUAUAUAUUUUUUAGGCAAGACCGUGAAAAUGCAAGAAUGGCGGGUUCAAAAGCAUUAGAGAUCAUGUAAGAAGCCUUUUCAGAAUUUCCACCAUGCAACAUUUUUUUCAUGAAGCGUUUUUUUCGAGGAUUCAUAAUUCUGUGCAUUUCACU